AUGGAUUUGUUUCCCCGCGCAGGUGCUGAAGAUAAAGCCCAGUGGAUAUUAGACUGGGAUUUUGGAGUCCGUAUCUGCAGAAGUGCCAAGCUGCUACUGCAUUCUGAUCCAUCUGCUGCAUAUGUUCGUGACCAAGAUGAAAAUAUCACACUCCUUCAUAAUGCAACUUUGGGUGGCGUAACUCGUGAGCGGAUCGCCAAAACUAUUUUGUCACAUUGCCCAGAUUGUUGUGAGCUAGUGGACCGGCGAGGCCGGAAUGCUCUGCGCUAUGCUGUUGAGAGCAAAAGCAUCACUGGACUGCGUGCUUUCCUUCGAAAUCCGUUCAUUUCCAACCUUAUAAAUCAAAAGGAUGAUGAGGGCAACACACCACUGCAUCUGCUCACAACUGUUGGCUUUGGCCCUGGUUUGUUCUUGGUGCAACCUCUUGUUGACAAGAUGGCAGUUAAUAGUCAAGAAAUGCCAGAUCUAGUUUUAUCCCCACUUUUGGAGGUGAUCUUUGACAGAGUAGCUUCGCCUGUCCUACAGAGGCUUGGAGAUUCAUGGGAUCUCAAGGACAACCUCAAAAAGUUACAACACGUAUUAUUAAUGGUUCAAGCUAUUCUUGAAGAUGCAGAACAGCAACAACUGACCAGAAAGGGUGUGAAGAUUGGGUUGUCAAGGCUCCAGGAUGCAGCUUAUGAUGCAGAGGAUCUGCUUGAUGAUUUUGCUGCCAAAGCUGUUGUUAUAGAUUCUGGAAAGUCAAGUAUAUCAAUAUCAAUAAAUGCAGGUAAGGUUAGAAAGACCCUUCAAGAUUUGGAAUUGACUGCAAUUGAGGGGCUUAGCUUGAAUUUGAAAGAGGGUAGUAUUAUGAAUAGGUCAUAUAAUGAAAGAGAAACUAGCUCUUUCAUUGUUGAAUCACAAAUCUGUGGAAGAGAGAAAGAUAGAGAGAACAUUGUUAAACUGUUAUUGUCAUGUGAAGCCACCCAAGAAGGAAAUGUAAUAGCUAUUCCAAUAAUUGGAAUUGGGGGGACUGGCAAGACAACACUUGCCCAAUUGGCUUACAAUGAUGAGAGGAUGACACAACACUUUGAUGUUAAAAUCUGGGUUUUUGUUUCUGAAAAUUUCAAUUCAAAGAGGAUUAUGAAAGAAGUUCUUGAGUCUUCAAUGAAUGGUACUGAUGAAUGGGAUAAAAAAAGGUUGAUUUUUAGUGGAGGUGUUGGCUGGAAGCAAAAUAAUACAGAAGAUCAGGAUGAGUGGGAUAAACAAAGGUUGAUUUUUAGUGGAGGUGUUGCUGGAAGCAAAAUAAUCAUCACUAGCCACAAUAAAAAGUUUGGAAUGGCAACGAGCAUUUCAAAAAGGAGAAGAAGAGAAGUGUCCAAAUCAUUUGCCCAUUGGAAUGCAAAUUGUCCAAAAAUGUGGAGGUCUGCCAUUAGCAGCAAAAAGCCUGGGAAGCCUAAUGCACUUCAAAAGAGUGAAAGGGAAUGGUUGCUGGUGAAAAGCAGUGAUCUGUGGAAUUUAAUCACAAGUCAUGGUGGAAUUUUGCCUUCUCUCAUGUUAAGUUAUCACCAUCUACCGUCACACCUUAAACGCUGCUUUGUUUUCUGCUCGAUCUUUCUAAAAAAUUAUGAAAUCAUCAAGGAGAAGUUAAUCCAUCUGUGGAUGGCAGAAGGGUUAAUUCAGCUUGAAGGGGACACAACUCUAGAAGAUAUUGGCAAUGAGAACUUCAAUGAUUUGCUGUGGAUGUGUUUCUUUCAAGAAGCAGAGAAAUGUAACACUGGCAACAUGACCAGGUAUAAAAUGCGUGAUAUCAUUCACGAUCUUGCAAGAUAUGUAGCAGGGAAAGAAUUUGUGAUACUGGAUCAUUCUCAUCCAGGAAGCAGUAUGCUACAAACUCAUCAUUCUUCUAUUCUCUGUAAAUUUGGAUCAUUUGAAGUUCCAGAAGGCUUAUAUGAAGCAGAACACCUGCGAACAAUCUUGUUGAUUGUGGGAGGAGAUUUACAGGAGGUUCCAAUAAGAUUAUUAUCAGGUUUUAAAUACUUGUGGGUGCUAGAUAUGAAAAGCUGUGGCUUGACAAAGUUGCAUGAAUUAAUAGGUGGUUUGACUUGCUUGAGGUACCUUGACCUAUCUUACACACUUAUCAGAACUUUGCCUCCAAUUAUACGCAAUCUAUGUCUUCUGCAAACUCUAAAUCUUCAUGGUUGUAGUGAACUUGAGCAAUUGCCUAACUUGGCAUCCAUGGCUGAUCUUAGACAUCUUAUUAUAUCUGAAUGUGGAAAGUUAAUCUAUGUUCCUUUUAGUAUCAGAACGUUGCAUAGGGUUCAGUCAUUGCCAAUGUUUAUUGUGCAGUGGGGCUCUUUUAAUGCUUUGGGUGAUUUGGAACAUUUAAAUCUUUAUAGUGAGUUGAAAAUUAAACACCUGCAGAAUGUAAAGGGUGCAUAUCAAGCACAAUUAGCUAAUAUGAGGAUGAAGAGAAACCUUGAGAUUUUGGGACUAUACUGGGAACGGUAUGAUAGAUUGCCAUUACAAGGCCAGGAGCACGAUGAUGCUCUAGCAGAAGGCAUUCUUGAAGCCCUACUGUUAUAA